AUGUCUUAGAUUUUUAAUCUUGUAAAAUGCAAAUUAAUAAAAUAAUUUAUUCAGAUGUAGUCAAUUACUUGCUAAUCUUAUAUUGCAACUUAAAAUUUUUGGAAUAAUAAUUGUUGGAGAUUUUUUUAUAGUAUUUUGUCAAAAAUUUUUAUUGUGAAAAAAAAAAAAAACUUUCUCCACUUUUGUUUGAUUUUGCAAAAAUAACAGAAAUAUUCAAUGAGACUGAAAUAUAAAUUUCAACUAAGCUAAUUUUUUUUCCCAUAGCUAUAAGCAAUUUUAGAGAAUCUGUUGUAAUUGUAAAGUCGAAAAAACUAUUGUGGUGUGUGGUAAAGAUUAAUUACUAUUAUCAAUAUUUAAAAAACAUAAUAAAUGAAUUAAAAAUCAAAGGAUGAUAGUCAGCUUUUAAAAUAUAUUAGCAAUUAAGAAUUUCCUUCUUUUCUUUAUUACAACCUUUAAUAAAAUUUUAGUUCCAAAUAUUUCUUUGAGAUUUGUUUACUCAAACAAUUUAUCAGACUUAAUUAUCUUCUUUUCUAAUAUUUAAUAAUUAUUUAUCAAAUUAUAUCAAUAAAUUUGUAAGUACAAAUACGAUAUGUGCAAGAGAAAGUAUUAAAGCACUCUCUAACUCUUUUCAUUUCUAAAUCAAAAACAAAAUUUGUGCAUGCAUUUCUCAAAUUAAAAUAAAUAUGCAAUUGA